AUGUUCACAUCUGAAAUUUCAAGGAUUCCCCUCGUCAAGAAGAUAAGCGUUACAGAUGGACGAUUCCAAGCAGGGGAGCUUCAUCAAGAAACCAUUACUUUUACUGGCCAUUAUUGUCUUGGUUCUUGGCUUCAAGUGGGAGAUCUGGGACAAUUAGGGAACAUGUUAGGAAUAGCAUCAGAGAUCAACAUGACCAGGAUACUUAUUACGCACUUUGCUGUUGCUAUAGAUACAGGACGCUACAAAGACUACCAGUUCAUGGACAUCACUGACACAAAGUUUGGCGACAUCCCUGUUAGGAUAUACCGACCCCCAAAGUUGCCAUCCAACGGGCCCGCAAUGAUGUUCUUCCAUGGUGGGGGAUUUGCUUUUAUGAACCUAGACACACACGAUAUCUUCCCUAGAACUAUCUCUAAACGUCUUAACAUGCUCGUGGUCUCAGUAGACUAUAGAAGAACACCAGAGCAUCCCUCUCCUGCUGGCUUCCAUGAUUGCCUCAAUGCUACCAUACACCUUAUGAGGCAUGCUGAAGAACUGGACAUCGACUCCAGGCGUAUUGCGGUAGCAGGUGACAGCGCUGGUGGUAACCUAGCAACAACAGUAGCCAUUGCUCUUCGUGACAUGGCAGAUCCAACUCUCCCAGAUCUUAAGAUACAGGUCAUGAUUUACCCAACGGUGCAGGUAGCGAAUAUAAUGACACCAUCGUGUCAAGAGAACUUCAAUGACCCAAUGCUCACUACCAUUGCCGGAGCAAUAUUUGCACUUUACCGAUGUGACCCCAAGAAAGUGAAAUAUGCCCCUUUGUUUAUUAAUAACAAUCACACGACACCGGCAUUGAAGAAGAAACUCUCUAAAUAUAUGCCAUAUGAAGCACUUCCAUAUAAGGUCAAACCAGGCUUUGUCCAACCAGACGAUACGCUUGGCGAUCAUGAAAUAUCGCGCAUAUUGGAGUCGUGCAUUAUGGACCAUCUGUUAUCUCCUUUGUUCAUAGAGGACCUUAGUAGACUACCUAUCUCCUAUAUGAUGACGGUUGAGUAUGAUGUUUUGAGAGAUGAAGGAUAUUGUACGCACUCAUUCUACGGAGAUGAAUUUGUACCUGCUAACUACAUCACACGCAAUGAUCAAGUACGCAGUAAGUACUCAUUCUACGCAGAUGAAUUUGCACCUGCUAACUACAUCACACUAAAUGAUCCAAUACGCAUCCUGGAAUUUAGGAAUUCACAGCGAGGAGUACAUAAGAUGGGUGAUUCCAAACAGGGGAGCAUGAUUAAGAAGCCAUUAUUUUUACUGGCCAUUAUUGUGCUGAUUCUUGGCUUCAAGUGGGCCAAUGACGUCACUCUGCAAGAAGGUGUUGGGGAAAGAUGGAAGCUCCAUCUUUUGGCAGCAUCCAUCAAUGUAGUCAAAGAUCUUGCGACGUUAGGGAACAUGUUAGGAAUAGCAUCAGAGAUCAACAUGACCAGAACACUUAUUACGCACUUCGCUGUUGCCAUAGAUACAGGCCGUUACAAAGACUACCAGUUCAUGAACAUCACUGAUACAAAGUUUGGCGAUAUCCCUGUUAGGAUAUACCGACCCCCAAAGUUGCCAUCCAACGGCCCUGCAAUGAUGUUCUUCCACGGAGGAGGGUUUGCGUUCAUGAAUCCGGACACCCACGAUAUCUUUCCUAGAACCAUCUCCAAACGUCUUAAUAUGCUAGUGGUCUCAGUUGACUAUAGAAGAACACCAGAGCACCCCUCUCCUGCUGGCUUCCAUGAUUGCCUCAAUUCUACCAUACACCUUAUGAGGCAUGCUGAAGAACUGGACAUCGACUCCAGACGUAUUGCAGUGGCAGGUGACAGCGCUGGUGGUAACCUAGCAACAACAGUAGCCAUUGCUCUUCGUGACAUGGCAGAUCCAACUCUCCCAGACCUUAAGAUACAGGUCAUGAUUUACCCAACGAUGCAGGAAGCCGAUAAAAUGACACCCUCGUGCCAACAGAACUUCUACGACCCAAUGCAUACUACUAUUGCAGGAGCAUUAUUCGCGCUAUACCGAUGUGACGUAGAGAAAGUAAAAUAUGCUCCCUUGUUUAUCAAUAACAAUCACACUACACCCGCAUUGAAGAAGACACUUUCUAAAUAUAUGCCAUAUGAAGCACUUCCAUAUAAGGUCAAGCCAGGAUAUGUCCAACCCGAUGACACACUUGGUGAUCAUGAAAUAUCGCGCGUAUUGGAGUCGUGCAUUAUGGAUCCUCUAUUAUCUCCUUUGUUUAUAGAGGACCUUAGUAGACUACCUAUCUCCUAUAUGAUGACGGUUGAGUAUGAUGUUUUGAGGGAUGAAGGACAUUGGUACGCAAUGAGACUGAAAGAGGCGGGGAAUAAGGUCACACAUACACACAUACACGAUGGCUUCCAUAGCAUAACUACUCUCUUUGAAGGCAUUUUUACAUUUGAUUCUGGAAUAAGAGCUGUAAAUGAUUUAACUUCGUUUCUUAAACAGAAUUUGUAAAACAAUUUUACAUAUCAUUUAAA